AUGUCUUGCACCAAGAAUAAUAUCUUGUAUUUCAUUAUUUUAAGCAUCCUCGUGCAAGUUCGGAGCCUCGUAGAGGUCCCUAGCGAGGAAGUCGUCGAAAUAGUCGCAGUCGAGUCAUCAAUACGAAAAGUCACAAACGGGAUAUUCUCAGCUCUCAGACUCGAAGACGUCAAACAUAAAACGAGGAUCAAGGAGUUCUCAACAAUUCACAACUUCUUUGUCACGAUCACCUUACAAGAUCAAACCAAUCUGAAAGAAAUAGCAGGUCUUGUAAAAGUUGAUAACGUCGAUAACAAAACUCAACAUUUUAUUACACAAGUAAAUGAGGUAUUAAAUGAAGAUAAUAAAAGCAACGAAACAGAAGAUGAUGUUUAUGUUACAACACACAUAGAAACGUUUAUAAAGAAACUUGAAUAUUUGAAAGAUAAAUAUGGCUUCGCUAACAAUUAUCCUAGUUUUAAUGUAAAUGCACAAAUUUUGCAACACUUGAAAGAGGAGGUUUCUAAGAAUAGAACACAAGAAGAAGAUGAUUCGGAUAAUAAUCUUUUGAGCGAUUUAGAAUAUUGGCAGCCCAGUGGUCGUCGCAUCUACCAAGGUCACCGGGAGAAGAUCACUCGGUUUCCCUUUGUAGCAAGCGUGCUAUUCUUCAACAAGUUUCAGUGUGGAGGUUCUAUUAUCAAAUCCGACUUGGUCAUCACUUCAGCGUCAUGUCUGCAACUAGCCUGGAACAACCGCUUCUUCAGAGAAAAUCCAGCCUUUCUCUCCGUACAAGUUGGAUGCGAAUUAUACGAGGGUGGAGAUGAGAACAUCCCCAUCCAGGAGGUGUACUUUCAUCCUGAUUACGACCCCAAGAACUUAAGGAACAACCUUGCGAUAAUGCGCUUACUGCGCGUCUUGCGUUUUGGCAAACGCGUCAAGAAGAUCAAGAAGAUUAACUUUGAUAGAGAAGCUUCGCCAUUGGCAUCGAACACUGAUGGGAUUACUAUAAUUGGCUGGGGGGCUAAAACCACUAGCAAUAUAAUCAACAGCGUUUGGUCUAAUCGACUGUCUUAUGCGGUCCUUGACUUCUACCCGCUAAAGGAAUGUCAAGAUGUAUAUUCCAAGGAGUUCGUGACGUACAAGAACUUUUGCGCGGGAUUCUUCUCAAAAGGAGGUGGAGCCUGUAACCGAGACGUCGGUGGUCCUGGAGUAGCAUAUGGGACUCUAGUGGGUGUGGUGAGCUUUGGGUCCCCAAACUGUGGCGCCCCGGACUCCCCCACUGUGUUCACUAAGCUCGGCUACUAUAAAACGUGGAUUGAAGAAAUCAUGGAAAUGAAACCACGAACCAGUAUUUUGAAAACCACACUUAGAUCGACGAGACACAGUUACAGAGUGGAUCAUUACAUGACAACACCGGCUAGUUACUCACUCGAACCAGUCACCAUGACCAAGUUGAAAAGUGAACCUUAUAGCAUUACGCCUAUGCCUAUUAAAAGUAUAGAUGCGCUUAGAGCAUUAGAUGAUAAUAACCUCUUUAAGGAAUUCAUCACCACUAUGUUUGGUAGCGAGGAAGUGAAGGAGUAUCUGGAUCAAUACGAAUAUGAGACGGAUACAGACGAUGAAGAAAAAUUAGAUAUGGAAGCCCAAAAGGUCUUAGAUAUGAUCAGAAUCAACACCGGAACAAGUACUGUGCGAACUACACCUAAGAUAAGUAUUACUGGUCACCAGCAAGCUACCACUGAAGACGAUGAGGACUAUAAAUUGGGCUCAAUUCGAAUGGUUACUGCGAUCGAAAACUUUGAGAAGCCGGACAGCAGUGGCAGUGACGACAGUAAUGAAUCACAAACGCCACUGCCACCGAAAUCGUUUAUUGACUAUACAACUUCAUCGAAGACACAGACACCGGACAGCGCAGAAAAAGUGGAGGAAAAAAUUGCCAAGCUUAUUGAUGAAAUUGAUAUACAAGAACUGUUGAAAUCUGAAUCUGGUGACACUUCAGCAGAUCUUGUUAUGAAAAAUAAAACAGUAGCCUCAUCACACGUCCAGAUGAAUAAAGGAGUCGGUAAAGUUCCUGCGGAUGACAUCUCUGGUGAUGGUGAUGAUGACGAUGACGAUGAUGUUGAUAAUGAAGACGAUGAUGACGAUAAAGCUGGAUCAGAAGGUCUAUAUCUGGAUAUGCUUGAUUUAACACACAAAGUGACUGAGAAAAGUCAGAAACAACCACAAAAACAACCACAACAACAAUCACAAAAACAACCACAAAAACAAAUACAAAAACAACCACAAAACCUGCAUCAACAAAAACGGUAUAAGCAGAAACCGUAUCAGCAACAACCACAACAUCCGCAAAAACAACAUUGUCAAAAUCAAAAUAAAAAUCAACAGAAACACCAUAAACAACAAGUACAUCAGCCAAAAAGCCGUCAGCUGAAAAUACAUCAGCAACAACAACAAAAAUCAUCAGAGCAAGGACUAAGCAUCCCAAGUCCUACAUUUAGAGAUUUUACUUUUAGACAAAACGAAUCUUAUAGUUCUGGCAGUAUACUGGAUAUAUUCUCUCAAACUGAUUUAAUGGAACUACUGACUGAAGUUGUAGCUGAUGCGACCAAAAGCAACCCUUCUGUUUCUGAUAAUGUUUCAGGUGUUUGGUAG